GUAGGCGGCCUUACGUGGUGUGAACUGCCUUACAUUACCAUAGUGUGUAGGCGGCCUCAUGUGGUGUGACCUGCCUUACCUUACCAUAGUGUUGCAAAUAAUAAUAAAAUAAAAACAUUUUGCCUUUAGCAUCAAAUUUAUGUCGUUAUCGUUUUAUUUGUCGUAUGUUUUCGACAAAGUGGCCUGGCACCAAAGAAAAUGUUAAAUACAAUUUGGUUAAAUAAAUAUAUUCAAUUCUUUCUUGUCAAUAAAAUACUUCUUGCUCAGUAAAUUCAAGGGCAAUGCAUACAUGUACUGCGGUAGAAGGAGACUUUCGGUUUGCAAUUGUGUUAUUUGCUAAUAAAAAGUUUAUUUGCAAUAAAAAGUGACUUUAAAAUUCAUAAGCAUGAGUUGUGCCUCAUGGUUUGAAAAAAAAAGUUUUAGAUUCAUUCUUGUAAAAUUUUUAAGGCGAAUUAAAAAACUAACGGCAUGGCAUCACCUUAUGUCAUGAAUGAAAUUUUUAAGGCGAAUUAAAAACUGACGGCAUGGCAUCACCUUAUGUUAUGAAUGACAUUUUUAUUGGUUAAGUGCGCACACGUGCGCAAAGAGAUUUGACAGCCGGGUAAAAAGAUUUACGGAAUAAAUUCGAUAAAAGCAGUUGUCAAAGGAAUGUUUGGUGAUAAACCCAGCGAAAAGCGGUCAGCAUGUUCCGACCUUAUAGUCUUAGUGGCGCAUAACGAUGAUCCAACCGAUCAGAUGCUUGUUUCCUUUUUUUUUUUUUCGAUGAACCAAAAAAUUGGCAUCAAAACUAUCAAAACAUAUUGCACGCGAAUUCAAGAGGAGAAUAUACAUCGUGCGAUCGUAGUAGUGCAAGCAGGCAUGACACCGUCGGCCAAACAAUCUUUGGUUGAUAUGGCGCCGAAGUAUAUUCUAAAACAAUUUCUUGAAUCGGAACUUCUAAUCAAUAUUACAGAACAUGAACUGGUUCCUGAACAUGUUGUAAUGACACCAGAAGAAAAGCAAGAGUUACUGGCACGUUAUAAACUGAAAGAGAAUAUGUUAAUGCGGAUUCAAGCGGGAGAUCCGGUUGCGCGUUACUUGGGUCUCCAACGAGGACAGGUGGUUAAAAUUAUACGUUCGUCGGAAACAGCCGGUCGUUAUAUAUCUUACCGACUUGUUUGUUAAAUAAUAGAAUAAAAAAUCAAUUUGAUAAUGUAAAAAAAAAGAAAACGAAUUGCAGCCUCAACAGCAACAACAAAUUACAAAUUUAGCCUGCCAUAAUGAACCGCAGCAACGCAUCAUCUAUUGAACCUCCUUCAGAAAAGACUCGUGAGCAUGCUCUUCUUGCAGUGAAACAACUGAUCGUUGGUGUCAACAAGAUGGAUCCGUCCGAACCACCAUACAGUGAGGCUGGUUAUGGGAAAAUCCAGAAGUAUCCUCAUCCAUCAAGAAGCUCGGUUAAUCCAGCUGCUGUUGCAUUGGUGCCAAUCGCUGACUUGGCAUGGUGAUAACAUGCUGGAAGCAUCCACCACACGCCAUGGCUCAAGGGAUGGAAAACUGCACGUAAGGAAGGCAAUGCUGAAGGUAAGACACAUAUCGAUGUUAGCUAGAUAUUGUUGCAUUGUCUGGUAGCCGAAAGAGAAACACUGGAACAAUCACAUAUGGCGAGGUGAAAAUUCCAACAUAUAAGUAAAUAGUCAUUAUAAGUGCAUUAGAGUGAAAUAAAGAUUUCUACGCAAAAGUACUGUAAGCUAUACAUCGUAAAAAAUAUUCAAAUGUUAUCGAGACCCAGCAAGUAAGAAAAUGUUGCAACACCAGUGUAUGAAAACAAAGGACAUUAUUUAUUUAAUAGUGUAAUAAUAUAUCGAUAGUGAACCAAUUUCAGUAAUGCCCUGCAACAAGUACUCUUAAAAGUAUUUAAAAGUGAACAGAUAUUUUGUUACAUUUCUUUUCAAACAAUUAACAUUUAACACAUUAAAAGGGCGCAAAAUUAAAGAAGACUAUGCAAAUGCUGAUUGUUAAGUAUGUAAUUAAAAAAAGAAGAUAUUUUAACAUUCUGUCCACAUCCAAACUUUACACGUACAUACAGUGCAUAUGUAAUAUAGUUUAAGCAAACAAUUUUAUCAAGACCAAGUAUUAAAAGCUAAUUUGUGAAAAAUUAAAAUCUGUUUAUUUUUGUAUAUAAGUGUACAAUUAAAUAGAACAACAUAAAUUCGCGUAAAAAUGGCAACUUCGACUAGAGUCUAGGGGUUUCUUUUUUGCAUAUUUAUUUAAAUAUCUUCUUUUCCUUACAGAUUUGGUCAUCUGUUCCAAAUCCCCGCACGCAGCUAACUGCUUUUUCCGCGAUAUUUUGUUGUGAUAUGUGACGCAAGUGUUGGUUGGUGUAGCUGCAUUAGCACGCCCUGUGACUAUCCAGCCGAACACUGUCUCUUGCGCAAGAAGUGAUCCCGGCACGUUCUUGCGUAUGCCAUCAAGCAUAAUCUGGGGAUAGACGUCGCCACCGAGUAUGACGUCCACGGGUUCAUUGACGAAGAACCUCUUAUCCGCCAACGUGAGAUCUGGGAAAGCCUGCCGAGUUAGUGCGCUAAUAUGGCAAGUCGGCAAGUUUCCCGUUAAUUUCGGCAAAACCAUCAUGUUCGUUGUGAUCGCUAUAAGUGGGUCGAUUGGUGACCGCAACUCGACACAACAUGCUUCCUUCACUUGCGCAGAUACGGUGUUGUUGAUGCCUGACACCUGGGCAUUUAUCCUCUUACCUGGCAAGUUGAUUCUGCGCUUCAGCUUUUCUGUGAUGAAAGAGCACUCUGACCCGGAGUCGAUGAGUGCUCUUGCGGCAUAAGUAACGCCGCGGUAUUUGAUGUUUAUUUGCGCGGUUCCUAGUAAGACGCCUUUGUCGCUGUUAGCGAAGCACGACUGUACGACAGUUGGCUUGCCUUCCGAUUUGUCAAAGUUGCGUCUCUGUUGAGCUUGCCUGGACGUAGACGGAAUCUCGUCCGAUGAUAUAGAUGAGCCUCUUUGGCUGCUAGGCUGCACUGUCCCCACAUGUAGGAGUGUGUGAUGCCUCGCGUGGCACGUGCUGCAGUUGAAUGCACUGGUGCAUUGCGACACUAAAUGCCCAAAGCUGAGGCAAUUGAUGCAGCGAUUGUUGCGCUUAGCGAACUUGAUCCUGUCCGCUGGUGCCAUGUUAAGAAACAUGGGGCAAGAUCUUAAUUUGUGAUCUGCGCUUUUGCACAUCAGACAGGUUGAUUUCUCAACGCUUACUUGGAAGGCGCCGAGUCUGUUCUGAUGGCUAUUAUUGUGGUACAUAUAUUUAUUUGGUGUGGGUGCACUGACAGGCUUUGCAGAAUUGGACGAUUUCCUGGCACGUUCUAUUGCCUCUAAAUCACGGUAUCUAUCCGUGAGGAAGUUGUCCAAUUCCUCCCACUUUGAAGUUUUUGUCUUGUUCUUUACAGACUGUUCCCACAGGGCCAAUGUUGCCUGUGGCAGUCUCUUGGAACAUAUGCGGAUUAUGAUUGGGUCCCAGUUCCCAAUGUCCACUUUAUUGGCUGUCAGGCAGGAGAUGCAGCUGUUGAUCUCCCGCUGUAACCAUUUUAUUGAGCUCGAACACUCUUUAUCGAUUGAGGGCAAGUCGAGCAGUAUGUCGACUUGGGUUUCGACGAGAAUUCGCUCAUUCUCGUACAUAUCAGUCAAUCCCUUCCACGCCAUCGCAAAACCGUCAUUGGUAAGAGGGCAUUUAGACACAAUAACCUUCGCCUCCCCUUGUGUCUUUUUGUUGAGGUGGUACAACUUCUCAACUGGUGACAAGCGCUUGCUCUUGAUGUACACGGCCGUGAACAUAUCCCGGAAUGUUGGCCAUGAAAGGUAGUCCCCUUUGAAAACAUCCGUAUCGCAAGGCGGAAGGGAGUGGUUAUUGUGGUCCUCAACAGAUUUUUCUGUGUCUUUGGGGGUUGAGAGGAUCUCAGACAUAUCCUUCAUUGCCCCCAUGCACCGUAUGUAGCACUGACCACCUAGCUUGAAUUUUUUUUUAAUAAGGGCAUAGUCCUUUGAGGACAUGUCUCCUUUGCUGUUGAGGUCGUCAUGGGCAGCUUUCGCUUUGCACCACAUCUCUUUCAGCUCGUCUUGUUGCAUCACAAGAGCGUUCUUCGAGAUGUCCUUUGAUGCAGCACUGAAUUCGGACUCGUAUUCGACAACGUAGUCCACUAGGCGCAUGAAAGCUUCCAUAAUUUUGACAAAAAGAAUUGAAAUUUCAAAUUUGAAUUGAUAGAAAUAUAAUAAUACUCAAGACUGAGCAGACUUUGGCCUAAAGAUAAUGGGAAUUGCUUUGAAAAUAAUUCCCCACUAUUGUAAAUUUUUAUUUGCGGCACACCACUGCCAACCAAACACGAAAAUAGAAAAAUAGAAAAUUUUUUUUUUUGAAUGUUUCAGCCGAUAUCGGAAUAUAUCUGGCUGGUCAAUAACAAAAUUUUAACUAUAGUAGCCGAUAUCGCAGUAUAUCUGGCUUUGGUACUUUAUUUAAUAUAAAUGUGAGUUGCAGCACACCACUGCCAACCAAACAAGAAAAUAGGAAAAAGAAAAUUUUUUGACUGUUUUAGCCGAUAUCGCACUAUAUCUGGCUUGUGUAACUUUGCAGCACACCGUACGUACGCAAGUAUAUAUAUGCCACACUGUAUAUGGAUCGCCACCCAAGAUACGCCAACGACAAUAAAUUUUUAAAGGAAAGUGUUUGAAAGUGAAAAAAGUACAGUGUCUCAGUGAAAAAGAAAAACAAAAACAAAAGAUUCUUGAACAAAUAGAAAAGAAACAAAAACUCAAAAAAAUCAAUUCCGUAAGUGAAAUGUGAAAGAAAAAAAUAUCACCGCACAAAAUCCAAAA